GAAAGACUGACAGAAACAGAAAAUGGCUGAUAAGCGUCACAUGUGUCUGCUGGGACGGAUCAUUCUCUGUGCACUUCUCACAGGUAUCAGUGGAGCAGAAGUGACUCAAGUGUUCUUCAGUUCUGCUGAAGAUGUCCGUCUGUCCUGUAAUAAUGCUCUUUCUGGCUGCACAUCAACUACAUGGAACUAUAACAGACCGUCAGGGACAGUUGAACUGAUUGCUUUAGGAAUAAAGAAGACUGACACAGAGAGACACGAGAGACUGAGUCUGGGCUCUGACUGCUCUCUGAACAUCAAGAAAGUCACAAAAGAAGAUCGUGGAGAAUACACCUGCAGACAAUAUGUGAAUAAAACACAUUAUGGAGCUGAUGCACGUGUUUUUCUGCAUGUUCUUCAUGUGUCUUCAUCAUCCUCACAGUCUGAGAUCAGAUCAGGCCGCUCUCUGACUCUCUUCUGUCAGUUAUAUUAUGAUGAUCUAGUCUCUUGUGAUAUUUUAGUUCAUUCUGAGGGUCUUGAUCUGAUCUGGGUGAAUCAGGCUGGUGUGAAUCUGCAGACAGACUCCAGAUUUCAGAUCUCAUUCUCCUCUGAACAGUGUAACAUCUCUCUGACUACAACACUCCUGAAUGAAGAUCACAACAGAGAGUGGAGAUGUCAGCUUAAACACAGAGAUCAACUGAAGACCUCAGCCACAUAUACUGUCAAGUAUCCAACUCCAAGCGAAACAAAUCCACCGUCUCCAGUCACCAGCUCUAAAUCAGCUUCAGCUCCUACACAAGCAGCUUCAGCUGAUUCAACACUGAUUCCAGUCAGCAGCUCAAACUCUGAGAAGAAAUCAAGUCAAACUACAGCAGCUUCUACAGAACAAGAGAAACAGACUCCUCAAACCCCCGAGACAACAGCUACACAGAGAGUGAUUGUGAGUAUUGUAGAGAUUGCAGUGUUUGCUGCUCCUACUGUGAUUCUUCUUCAGAUCAUCUGUGCGAGAAGAGCUGGAAGGAAGAACUCAUCACCAAAAUGAAAUAGAGAUGUCUGCAGUUCUACAAUGAAAUUCUCUCUCUCUCUCUCUCUCUCUCUCUCUCUCUCUCUCUAUGUACACAGCAAUAAUUAUUGAUAUUUGCAUACAUAUUUCAAUGUAAUUUCCAGUAAUCCAUAUUGUACCGAUUGCUUUAAAUAUGAUAUUAAAUAAAGUCAUAAUCAAAGUGUGACAGGUACCUUAAAGUUAUAGUUCACCCAAAAAUGAAAAUCUGUUCACAUUUCCUCACCCUCGUUUCGUUCCAAUCCUGUAUAUGUUGCUUUCUUAUGUUGAACAUUAAAGAAGAUAUUUUGAAGAUUGCUGGUAAUGAAACAGCUGGUGGUUCCCAUUAACUUCCAUAGUACGAAAGAAAAUACAUUAUGGAAGUCAAUGAAACUAAGCACAAAGUUAAUGAUAUUCAGGAGAUAGUCUAAAAUAAUCAUGCAUAUUGUAGUAACAUCAUAAUAUUGGUGAAAUAAUGAAAAUAGAAAACCUCAAAUGAUUAACAAGAUGGUAAAUAAGAUGUAUAAGAUUAUGAAUCACAAAUGAAGACCUUGAUAGCUUUGUUUGUAUCAUGAGAAUACUUUACCUAAAGCUGUGAAUAUAAUUUGAGAUAUUAUUAAACACUCUUUUUCUUCU